AGCAGCUGUCCCUUGGCAUGUCAGAGGGGAGCGUCAUAGUCUUGCAACAGAAAGAAUCAGAACUGAACUGAGAACUGCUGUGUGUAGUUUCAAGAAAGCUUCUUAGCGCUCUUGUCUUUGGCUAGACCUUGGACCUGUAAGCCCAAUCAUGGCGGAUCAGUACCAGUAUAACAUCAAUGAGGAGAAGAUUGUGAAGGACAGCCACACCAAGGAGAUUGAUCUAAUCAACAGAGACCCCAAGCAAAUCAAUGAGGACGUGGUGAAGGUGGAGUUUGAGGAUGUAAUCGCAGAGCCCGAUGGCACACACAGCCUGGACGGAGUGUGGAAACUCAGCUAUACCACCUUCACUGUCUCCAAAUACUGGUGCUACCGCGUGCUGUCAGCUGUCUUUGGCAUCCCAGUCGCUUUGCUCUGGGGUUUCCUGUUUGCCUGCAUCUCCUUCUGCCACAUAUGGGCUGUGGUUCCCUGCAUCAAGAGCUGCCUGAUUGAGUCACAAUGCAUCAGCCGCAUUUACUCACUCUGCAUUCAGACCUUCUGUGAUCCCUUCUUUGAAGCCCUGGGCAAGAUUUUCAGUAGUGUGCGUGUGGCACUGCGCAAAGAAGUCUAAGAACUCCCACUGCAGCUUGAAGUAUGAUUUGAGAAAGUCUAGUAUGUUUUUAUACAGCUGAUUAUACUCCAUCCCUGGAAUAUGGCUUUGCAAUCGACUCAUCUUUGUCUCAUAGUCAGAAGCAGUUUUCACCCCUCCAACAUCUGAACCAGAGCAGAGAUGCAUUUAAGCACUAUGAAUAAGGCUUUGACAGUUGCAGCAGACAGUAUGGUUCUCUGAUAGCUCUUGUGCUUUUCUUUGGUUCUAAAAGAACAAAAAUCUCCACUAUGAUGAGGAGAAUUUCAGUGAUUUCAGCAACUUACACCAAAAAACAGUUUUUUUGUCCCAUUUGAUUCAAAUAGGAGAAGAAAUCAAAAAAUAAAAACUCAAAAAUAAAGUUCAAGUGUUCUAUUAGGAUUUCCCUGACAUUUGUUAAUUUGCAACCUUUAACCAAAGCUAUAGUUUCCAUAAAGGUUAUAGAUUCUCCAAGGGAUCUACAAAUUUAUUUGCCAGAAGGCAAAAAUCCAUCAAACAGCAAUAACAGCCACAAUCAAUAACAGGGACAUUACUAAAUACAUGGGUUUCUCCAAAGUUUAAGAACAGAUGAGAAAAUGGCCAGAAAAGCUGCCAAGAGAUAAAAGCAAAACUAAAGGAGCUGCAGACAUUUAGUCAAUUACAGGUUGUGUUCAACAAGUAAUGUAGAUAUCUUGGAAAACCGAUUACAUUACAAACAAUUGAAAACAUUUCACUUUUAUUCACAAAACACUGUUUUGGGCAUGAUAUUAACACCAAACAAAGUUGUUGUUAUCUGAGAUUGAACUGAAGUUUCAUUAAUAUGGAUGAUGAGAUGAAAAGCUCCUUUACAAGAGUACCGAUCUCCUUGGUAUGGCUGCCUUCACAAAGUCUACAAAAGAAUUGAAGAGGCAAAAUUUAAUGUCAUUGUGAAAAGUAAAAGUGAGAUAGAUGUGAGAAAAAAAUCUGUGGAGAAGAGAAAUCUGAAGUAUUUGGAGAACUUUUAAGAGAAUUGGUAAAUGUUGAGGAGUCCAAAUGUUGCCGGACACGCUAACUUGUUUUAUUCAGAUUUGUUUCUCUGAACACAUUUUUUUAUCUUAUCUCACUUAAAUUAAACAGGACUGUCUAAAUAGGUGGAGUUUGAGAAUGUAAUAAAAGCCAGUUUAUCAUCUGAGGCCUUUUGUCACAGUGCAGGGCAAACAGCACAUUGGUGUAAAAAGCUUUUAAAUGAUUUAGCUUGACUCAAUUAUUUCAUGUCAUAAAACCCUGACCUUUUUACAAAAGCGUGUCCACUUUUGAGGAAGGACUAUUUAUGCAUUUAGCAUAAAUGGCAACUUAUGAACAAAUAUUACUGUAAUGAUAGACACUGCUAUUUGUGUACAUUUAAUUGGCCUCUUUUCCAAGGUUUUUGCAUUAUCUUGUUUCCAUUUACAUGUAUCUAACUAAAUACCUCGAGGGAAUGAAAUUAAUUGUAUACAGCUGCUACAGGUACUCUAUUUUGUGCUUUUAACACUUGGUUGGUUUAAUUUUCUAUUGUAUCACCUCCCUUUCUGAUGUAGUCUUGAAAAGCUGAUUUGUUUUUAUUUUCUCAAAAAACCAAGUUUAUCAAUCUGAUAUCUACAUCAAGAUAUAACAUUUGAUAAAA